AGCUUGCCUCGACAGACUACCAGGAGAGGAACGGGUCAACCGUUCAUCGACAUCGCCAACCAUGCGCCUCCAAACAAUCGCCAGCACUAUUGUGCUGUCUGGAGCCGCGCUUGCUCUAUCAGACUCGUCCCCCUGGGUGUUGCUUUCGACUGCCAAGCUCCGAGGUGCUUCCAACAACAAUCAGAUCCAGACGAACUCUGAGGUCCUGAAACAUACAAAGAGUGUUCUUGCGGAAUGCCCGACCGAUCGAUACCUCGUUGUGACCCAGCCCGGUGUCCACGCCGCUGACCUGCGCCGCGAUGAGGGAUGCGCAAUGCCGCACCUGUGCUGGGCUGUAGAUGACUCCAGGGUCAAGAGCCGGUAUACUGUGUCCGAGGUCGUGGGCAGUGUAGCUGGUUCAGGUAUUGCCGAAUACAUCAGGUCGUCAUGUGCCGACAAGAAGAAGGUCGUCACCGUCGAUGAAGUUGCCCUCGCCUCGUUGGUUGGCAAGAACCGAGCCGGCGCCUUGUCGAGCAACGACGCCGUACUUGCCGACAACAUCGAGGCUGCCACUACGUCAGACAGCUACACGUUCCUUUUCUACUCGACUCCCAGUGAGCCAGCUUACGAGCCCGAGUUUGUGAACCCUCUGCAUAUGGACCUUAAGAGAGACAUGGAGGGAACACCCAUCGUUCGAAACACCAACAGCACACAGAGGGAUACUCGUCCUCUGUUCGAGAAGUACCAGUUCUUCACUCCUGGCAUCUUUAUGGGUUUGCUCGUGGCCCUGGUUCUGUUCUCGAUCCUCGGCGUUGGUCUGAAGGCGUUGAGCAGCCUGGAAGUCUCGUACGGUGCCUUUGAGAAGGAGAUGGGCCCUGCUGCUCAGAAGAAGCAGCAAUAGACGUGUUCGUCUAUGCGUUCAGCGAGGUGGUGUGGAAACCAUGGCCGUGUGGUCGUAGUGUAUCAAGUGUAUGCAAAUAUGGAGUUAUAGGCCUUGUUUGGGUGUUUGUGUCUCUCCUCCGGACUCUGCGCGAGAAACGAGCUAGAAAUAAGAUAUUUGUUCGACCAUUAUUUGCC